UUAAGAGUACGUAAGUACUGCCUUUAAAUAAAAAAGGAAAAAAGGAAAAGAAAAGUAAAAAGUAGAAUCCAUUACUAAAAACCUAAUUGUAAUAAAUAUAUGAAGAUGUGUUAUAGAUGAAUGUAUCUACACAUAACAAAGCGUUUCAAAUUGUAGUAUCUACAUUACCUUACAAAUUAUAUAUAAAUGGUCAAAGGCCCUAAAGUUGACGGGGAAAAACCUAGCCUUUGUAUUCGUUAUGACUUAAUAACUGCUGAGAAAGCCACGUUACUGUACGUUUCUUUUGACCCAUAUUAACAAAACGUUACAUUAUCAGUGCUGGCUGUGCGCUUAACCUCCUUCACUCUCUACAUUCAUUGUCUUGGCCAUGUAUAACAUCAGAAUUGCAGAACAUUUUCACUCUGCAUUCCAUCUCUCUCUCUCCCGCAAUGGCUGGUCUCAGAUCAGAACCUUUCCUUGUAUUAUAUGUAAUCAUGUCAGUCAUGGUACUGGUGUUGAUUCAGUUCUUUGGCUUGACAUAUGGCUGCUCCUCUACUUGCCCGCCAUCAGCAUGCCCAGAUAGUAGUGGUGUAAAAUACCAAGUUAGCUCGAUCUGGUCCAUUCCACCAUUCCCAACUUAUUACUCCAACUGGUCCCUCUCCCAUUUCUUCCGGACCGGCGACUUUCUCAGUUUUGACUUUGAGACCGGACAUAACGACGUGAUUCAAGUGUCGAGACAAGAGUACGAGAGUUGCACCGCCUGCAACCCCUUAAGGGUCAUCAACAUUGGUCCCGCAAUCGUACCAUUGGCCGAGAAAGGUGUCUUCUAUUUCAUCAGCAACUUCUCAAACUACUGCGGUCUUGGGCUGAAGGUUUCAGUCUGGGUGCACGGCUGCUCCGAAGGAUUGCAGCCAACUCCAUCGCCGUCUCCGUCACCUUCCCCACUUCGAGUUCCUCCAUCUUCAUCGCCCGCACCAACUCCACGUACGAGGAAUGGAUCCAAUUCUCCGGCUCCAACCCCAGCACCGUCUCCUGAUGAUGGCUAUCCUCCAGAAGCUGGCGCUCCCAAUGCAAAGUCUAUGGCUAUCCGUGUUGGUUCUUCUGAAAUCCUGAUCUUUCACUGGGCUUUUGACAUUUGUUUGGUGGUAUUUGUCAUUCUUGGAUCGAUGAUCUAGCUAGGAAAUUCAUUUAAUUUUCAUUAUGGGCGAUAAUAAAUAUUAUUUAAGCUAUCUAGCUUCAUGCAGCAGCACUUGAAAUUUGAUUUUUUUUUCUUUUUUUGGGACGUGACUACUUUUAUUCAUUCAACUUGCAUUCUUAGAAUUAUCAUGCAUGUGAUCGUCAAUUGUUCUACUUUAAUUUGGAUUUAUAAUUUGAAGAUCUUUCAUCAAUAAAUUUACGUUAAUUUUCAGCUUUUUCCCACCUCGUACGUCGUUCGUAUAAGAUCAAACUUCAAUGAUAUUUUUAUGAGUCAGUAACUUAUUUUCCUUUCAU